AUGUUUCGGCUACAACACCAACAAACGCGUACUCUGUUCAUGAUGGCAUCGAGCAGAAUCAAGCCAGUACCAAGCAAGACACAUUGGAUCAAACUGACUACAUUGGCAAAGCCUGUCGUGAGAAUCAAUACCUGGAGGCCAUUACAACGCUGCUUCAACUCGAAUCUCAAGCAAACGACACCGCCACCGCCACCCGCAAAAGACGGCAAGGACAAAAAGUCAUUCAAAGAGGAAUUGAAAGAAGACAUCUACACUAUUCCCAACCUAUUAACAUUUGGGAGAUUGGCAGCAGCACCGUGCGUCGGAUACAUGAUUUUACAGCAAAACUAUGAUGGUGCGUUGGUCUUGUUUGCAUUGGCAGGCUUUACAGAUCUACUGGAUGGCCACAUUGCUAGAAAAUACAACAUGAAGACGCUGCUAGGCACAAUCAUUGACCCAUUAGCAGACAAGGUAUUGAUGACAGUGAUGACAGUGACAUUGGCCAUGGAAGGAACAUUACCAGUGCCAUUAGCUGCGAUCAUUCUAGGUAGAGACGCUGGACUUGUUCUGUCCGCAUUCUAUUAUCGCUACAUUUCCCUACCAGAACCAAAAACCAUUGCACGUUAUUUUGAUGGCACAAUACCUUCAGCAGAAGUCAAGCCAACUCAAAUCAGCAAAAUCAAUACUGCGUUGCAGUUGCUCUUAAUGGGCUUUUCAUUGACUACCGUGAGCAUGGGGAUGCCUUCCAGUGAGGCCAUGACAGCAUUACAAUGGGUUGUUGGAGGAACUACUGUGUGGUCGGGAGCUAGUUAUAUCUUUUCAAAGGAUGCAGUACGGAUACUAAAGUAG